GUUUUAGGUACUAUCCGUUUACACGCCGUGCAUUAUGAACGUAGAGUUAUCUCCUAUAAUUGUAACCGGCCAUGUUGACAGUGCUCAGAUUUAGCUCGGAAUUGCUCUCAUUAGUGGCAAGAAAGCCACAAGAAGAGACAGCGAAGAAUACGGAUGUCUUGUACAGCGCUGCUACUCAAUACUUUCCAUACGCGAUCAGUGACGUCAAAGAGGGCGACGUCAAAUAUUGGUGUCGCUGUGGUCUGAGCAAGGACCAGCCAUGGUGUGACGGCUCCCAUAAAGGAACCGGAAUAACGCCCAUGGCCUGGAAAGUCCCUGCCGGCAGGGCACCGGCCGAAGUGGCCUACAUCUGCGGCUGUAAGCACACAAAAAACCCGCCGUUUUGUGAUGGCACGCACAAUGGGCUGAAGGAAGUGGUGGAGACGCGGCAGAGCGCAUGCGCAAAAAGGGAUGGUCACGCGCAAGACUGCAAGCUGUGCACAAGAUGUGGUUGGGUACCGGACUUUUAAGAAGCUUCAAAUCUACCGAUAAAUAAUGAGGCAUUCAGUGUUGUAGAAGAUUUGGAAUGUGUGUGUGUUGUAUUACACAAUACUAAUUUGUUUCGUAUAUAUGGUCGUGCUUUUAUACUUAUAUUAAUUACAAAGAAACUCAGUAUUCUCCACUAUUCAAUCGGUUCAUUGCAAAAGCAUUUAAUUUCCACGAUGCCUAUAUUUGCACAAUACCUAAAAGGACAAUUUAUGCAGACAUAUAUCUGCACUUGUAUUUAUGGUCCCGAUACCUCGUUAAGAUUCCUUGAAAAAAUAGUGUUAAUAAACUUCUCUGCUUGGACAAACGCAAAUGCUUUUACAAUAGUUGUAGCUAAGACUAUUAAUUUGCCAGUAUUAUAAUAAUUAUAGGUCUUACAGUUGGAGGUAUAUGAUCAGUAGUCAAAUUAUUGAUUUGUUUUCGUGUUAAUAAAAAACCGAGCGUGUAUCAAAUGUGUAUGUAAAUUAUGAGUAUUUGUGUUUCUUUAAAGGUGCGUGUUCAUUUAUUAUGUGUUAAAAAUUACCUUAAACAGGAAACGGUUGUUAUUAAAAUUAAAAUACGUCGUUUUAUUGUUUCUCUGAAAUUUAUUUGUCAAGAAAUCUCAAACCUACAUUAUAUUGAUGUUGAUUUAAAAUGUAAAGAUAAUUUCGUUUCGUCCGUUCGUACAACAGUAAACAUCAUACCAUCGACCGUAUUAUUUCAUGCAGGUGAACUAAGUUUCGAGAAAAGAUGAAAAAUUACUUUUUUUCAACAAUCUGUAAUGAGCAAAGGAAUGUCAUAUGAAAUAAUAACAUAGAUACCAUGUUGUACUUA